AUGGGCUGGAAAGUUUCACUUUUAGUUAUUAUCAUCAACAGUAUUGUGCUUGGAACAUCGCAGCAAGGAGGAAACUUUUAUUUCGGCGAACGGAAAACAACAACUCAAGAUCCAGUUCACAUAUUUUUCGGGCAGCCAGAACCAGGAGGGGGUGAGGUUUACUUCCCUUCAACGAGGCCUAGUAUACGAGUUACCCCUACAGUACCUACAACUACAAUACCUACCACCACUACCGGCAUUUUUAGUGUCACCACUACUACGGAAGAACCGGUGGAUGAUGAUUACGUGCCUCCGGACUGCGGAACUCAACAAUCCGAAUUAGACAUUGAUGAGCAAGACAAUAAAAAUGCCAACCGAAAUCAAUUCCCCUGGAACGUGGGAAUUUUUACAACCGGUAAAAACUAUUUCGGCACCGAUCAACAGAUUUUUCACUGUGGAGGUACGGUGAUCGAUGAAUUCGUGAUCUUGACUGCCGCUUUCUGUGUUCGGGGAAAAAUAGCUAAAAAUUUACUGGUUAUCGCAGGGAUGUGGGACAUAAAUGACGUGCAGGAUAAGCGGCAGGUACGAAAAGUGAGGCAAAUUAUAAGCCAUCCUAAGUACGUGCCAACAUCGACGUUAAACAAUAUUGCUCUUCUGUUUCUGGAUGACAAACUAGAUUACGCACCAAACGUCAAUCGCAUCUGUCUGCCGGAUCAGCGCGUAGAUUUCAAUGAAAGUAACUGUUUCGCGACAGGAUGGGGAGACAAAUCGAUAGGUAAUUCCGCGGAACAAAUUCGACCUAUCAUGAAGGUGUUGCAGCAGGAGUUGGUCGAGCAUGAACGUUGCGCGAAACAAAUUGGAGGAGCAAAUCCCAACUUCCAGCUAAGCAGGGUGUUCCAGUGCGCCGUAGGAGAUCGCGGUGACGCACUUUGUAAGUACGAUACAGGAUCUCCUCUGAUGUGCAAGGUUCCCGGUCGUGAAAAGCAGUUCUAUCAGGUGGGAAUAUUUUCCUACACUCCUGUGGAAUGCAGCGCGUGGAAAGGCCCAAAUGUGUUUAUUAAGGUCAGCUAUUUUCGGCAAUGGAUAGAUCACCAUCUCGAAGCAAAUCAGCGAAAUGCAUACAUCUAUACACCAGCUUCCGGACAUGAGGACGACGAAAAUACAGAAAAUGGCAAAUAAAACAA